ACAAAUCUAGAGCUCAUUGUGGCAGAAUUGCAGUGCACCGGACUGUACAGAGCAGGGUACCAUCCAGGCUGUUGUCUGUGAGGGGUGGGGUCCGGCUACACUGAUACCACCAAACACAAGCUCACAGAGGGGACACAGAGAGGCAGAAAAAGGGAGGAAAAAAAGAGAGAAGAGGGGGGAAGACUGCACCUGAAGAGGAAUAUAAAACGGAAUGAAAGGAGACACCCCAGUGAACAGCACCAUGAGUGUCGGUCAGGCAAGGAAGCUGGUGGAGCAACUGAAGAUAGAGGCUAGUUUCUGCAGGAUAAAGGUAUCAAAGGCCGCAGCCGACCUGAUGGCGUACUGCGACGCACACUCCUGCGACGACCCCCUGAUCACCCCCGUGCCCACCUCAGAGAACCCUUUCAGGGAGAAGAAAUUCUUCUGCGCUCUGCUUUGAGACCAAUCAGGGAUUGUUGUGAUUUCAAGUACAGCUGUACAGUGUGUACAUGUAUGUACAGUGGGUACAUGUGUGUACACUUCCAAUUCAAAUAAGACGUCCAUGUACUAUAGUAACCUUGCAUAAAAGCUGCCGAUGUACAGUAGAUCAUCAAUUACAACAAAACGUCUAGAUCCAAAUUCUUAAAGUGCUAGCGUCUGGUCUCAGAGUUAGAGGGAUAGAGCAAAAGACAGCGUGGGGAUUUGAAACAAAACCUUAACAUUUAAUCAAAUAAAGACUCAUAAGUAUCCAAAAGAUAUUUAAAAAAAAAAAAAAAAAAAAACUGCUUUCAUGA